UUCGCUGCAUUUCUGCUUGACGGGCGAGACAGGAAAUGCGGCAGCCCAGCUUUGCGGCGCCUCGAGAUUGCGCAAUCCCUCCCGUCACGCUGGCCGAUCCAGUUUGCAAAAAAAACAGAUAAGCAGCUCGUAAAACCUGAUUCACAAAGCGUCAUCGUGGGGAAGUAGUUGUGGAUUUCAAGGUCUUUCCGUAUAUUUCAGCGGCGACUGAUCGUUGAAGAUUUCUGAGCGCUUAUUUUGUUUCCACGCUGACGAUUAUUUGCCGUUGAACUAUGAAGCUGUCCACUUGCAUCGUCCUGAUGCUCAACUGCCUCGGCACUCGUUCGCAAGCGCGAUGAUUUGUUGUCUUUCAGUGCUCCACAAAAGCUGCAUCCUCCUGUCUUGUUCCGCCGAGACAACUUCUGAAGUGGGGACAGUCAACGGCAAUGAGGUCACAUAUGUGGAUUACACCCAGAAAAAGUUCGUGUUCACGAUGCCCAAAUUUAUUAUUUUCGAUCCAGCCUCGGUGUUUCUGCAUUUGUUUUCCCCAAAAAGCUUACAGAGAAACACCCGAGACUGCCGGGCGGGUUUGGCGUUUGCAGAGCAAAACAUCAAAUAUCCAGCAAACAUAGAAGACCCCCCAGAGAGUGUCCUCUACCCGGCAGACCAGCUUCAGCCUGGUCAAGAAACAAACACCUUGAUUUGCUUCAUGGAUCAUUUCUUCCCACCCGACAUCCGAGUUCACUGGAGCAAAAAUGGCGUCGCGCUGUCGGAGGAGGGCUCGCUCCGUCGUUACUACCACAACGAGGAUCUCACCUUCCGCACGAUAGCAACGCUGACUUUCACACCAAAGGAAGGCGACGUUUACGGCUGCACCGUGGAGCACUCGGCCCUGGACAAGCCAAAAACAAUUUUCUUGGAGGUGGAGUUCAGUCAUCCCGGCGUCGGGCCGGACGUCUUCUGCGGCGUGGGCCUGAGCGUGGCGUUGCUCGGAGUCGCGUCUGGAGUUUUUCUGGGAGUCAAAGGACGAUACGCAACAUCUCUUUUGUGAUUUUAUUGGAUGUAUUUCGAAUCAGAGGUCGCCGGUUUUGUGACGUGCGACUUGCUUGCCAAAUCCUUCAGAAAGACUUGACUUGAUGUUUCACAAAGAAGCGGCGUGUUUCAGCUUGUGUGCACCCACGGGUAUGUGACUUGACGUGUAAAAAAAAAAAUAAAUAAGAAGAAGAAGAAUAAAUUGUCGAGAAUUGAACCAUAUGAAAACUAGAGCAUACGAAAACCAAGUUUCCACUGCGCAGUUUAAGUGGCAUGGAAGAGCGCUCCCCAUUUUGAAGGCGUGGGCAGAUUCGCCAGACGUGCCAGCACCCUAGAUAUGAAGUCUGUGUUUUUCCACACACCUGACAAAGAAACAGGAAAUUGAUAAGCAAAGACGUAGAGGAACAGAAAAAGGGAAGGAGAGCACAAAGGU